CAUCGCUGCCGCUAAUAACAUCGUUUGCCGUUGACAACAUCGCUGCCGCUUACAACAUCGCUGCCGCUUAUAACAUCGCUGCCGCUUAUAACAUCGCUGCCGCUAACAACAUCGCUGCCGCUAAUAACAUCGGUAAUAACAUUGCUGCUGCUGACACCAUCGCUGCUGCCAACGACAUCUCUGCUGCGUCAACACCUACUAGCUUCUUGCCAACUAUCCAAAAGCCAUCGGCACCCUCAUUGCGAGCGAUGAUCGAUGAAGUGUCGGCUGUGUAUGACUCAUUGCUAUCGCUGGGCGAUGAGAAACAAAUUACAAAUGCGAUUAUCAUACACAUGGUCAUGACAAAAGUGGACUCUGCCACCCGAUCAAAGUGGGAAGAACAGCUGGAUUACGACAAGCUACCUUUAUGGAAGGACUGUGAAGCCACCCUGAAUAGAAGAUUUCAGCAAUUAUCAGCAGAGGGAGCGUCAUGUUCGAGAACGAAGCCUGGAGCUGCAAUCAGCACGAGUCACAUGACAGGAACCAAAUCGGACAGGACCAAAUCGUCGUUAGUAGCUACAAAUACAAAGCAGCCUCUUUGCCAGCAGUGUAAAUCAAAGGACCACUACAUAUCUGCUUGCCCCACUUUUAAAACUCUCUCUGUGCAACAGAGAUUUGAGUAUGUCAAAUCGGUGCCCUUAUGCAUAAAUUGUUUGCGUAAGGGACAUACGGUUUCCAAGUGCAGAGCGGAUCGAUGUCGUGUGUGCAAUCGAUCCCAUCAUACGUUACUUCACCAGUAUCCCGUUUCCUUUGCUGCUGAAUCUCGUCCGCAACCAACAACAACUACACAUGCAAUGCAUACAUCGAGUAUGCCGGAUCGGGUAAUGUUGGCAACAGCAGUUAUUCUGGUGAGGACCAGCUGUGGAGCGUACCUACCUGCAAGAGCCUUACUGGACUCAGGGUCACAAGUCAAUUUUAUGACAGAGGAUUUGGCCCAAAAACUGCGGAUUCGUCGCCAAAACAGGACCUUAAAUAUUGUAGGAAUUGGAAAUUCCAGUACGAAAGUCGGGGCCAAAUUAAGCGCGUUUAUUAAGUCACGCGUUAAUAAUUAUGAAUUUUCGGCGGAAUUCUGGAUUAUGCGAUGCAUCUCGGCUAAUCAUCCAGACCAUACCAUUAAUGUUAAUGGUUGGAAAAUUCCGCGCAAUAUUGAAUUGGCGGAUCCAGAAUUCCACACAUCCCAAAAGAUUGACAUCUUAUUGGGUGCAGAAACCUUUUUCGAUCUGUUAGCGGUUGGCCAAAUUAAAAUUGGCCCUAAUCAACCAACGCUGCAGAAAACUCUUUUGGGAUGGAUUGUGUCUGGCAAAUAUGUCAGCAAUCUUAGUCCUUCUCCCGAAGCAACUAGCACAUUAUGCCAAACUGAAGACGACUUAACGUCCAUAGAUUCAGUAGUCCAAAAAUUCUGGGCUCUGGAGGAACUUCCUUCAGAAACAAAUGGCAACAAGUUCACACCUGAACAAAAAGAGUUCAUUGGUCGCCGAGGGAUUCCGCAGAAAAUAUACAGCGACAACGCAACCAAUUUCGUCGGCGCCGAUCGCAAGCUGCGCGAGCUGAAAGAGGCAUUUCUAGCUCAGUCAACGGAAGUGAAGGGAUUCGCCGCAGAAGAAGGAUUCAGCUUCACCUUUAUACCACCCAGGGCGCCGCACUUCGGCGGAUUAUGGGAGGCCGCGGUGAAAUCCGCCAAACACCUGGUAGUUCGCGCACUCGGCAACGCUCUUCUCACCGCAGAAGAGCUGUCAACAGUACUAGCCGAAGUGGAAGCCAUUCUCAACUCGCGUCCACUAGCACCGUUGAGCCAGGACCCCAACGAUGGAGAAGCUCUAACGCCAGCACACCUGCUGAUCGGUUGCCCUCUACGAGCACUGCCACCAGCACAAGUGCCAGCGGACAUAAUUCGUUGUUGCGAGAGAUGGCAACUUGUUUGCUGUCUCAAGCAACAAUUUUGGCAGCAGUGGUCCAAAACGUAUCUCACGAGCCUUCAAGAGCGCAGCAAAUGGCUACAUCCGGAGCGGAAUCUGCAGGCCGGCGACCUCGUCCUCGUACACGAAGACAACACACCACCGCAGCAGUGGGUACUAGGACGAGUCGCCGCAACCGUAGAAGGGCAAGACGGCAAGGUGCGAGUGGCAGACGUGGCAACGAAAGCAGGCACAAUCAAGCGGCCCAUUCAUAAGCUCGCCCUGCUACCAAUCAACGUUGAAGGAUCAUGA